UUGUUAAAAAAUAAAUAUAAGAGGGCGGCCAUCUUUGUUGCUCUGCCUAGUGUAAAAUAUUCCAAAACGCCCCCCACUUUUUACUGUGCCGAUUUGAAUAUGAAAUAAAUAUCACACAUUCGGACAAGAAUACGCUUUUUGGGGUUUUUUUAAAACACGAGGACGGAUCCGAUGUCGGGGAUAUAAUGUCCUCUCCUCUCCGCUCCUGCGAGGAAGACGAGGGCAUGGUGGUUAAUUCCGAGGGAGGAGAUUUUGAUGAAGAAGACGACGACGGAGACCCAGACGAGAACGCAAGCGACAUAAACUCUCCGGCGGCGCCUCGGGAAACUGCAGCGCCGGCCGCGCCAGACGACAAGGCAGAGAUAUCAGACAGAGAGGUCCCGUGCAGGAAGAAAGGCCGACCCAAGAAAAAGAAGGACCCAAAGAAGAAAGACAAAGAGGGGAAACCGGCCAAAGCAAAAAAACGCAAGAAGAUUGACAGCGAUGUAGAGAGGAACUCUGACAGGGAAAGAGACUACGGCGAGCAUUCAGACAGCGUGGCCAGCGACUAUGGCUCUGGCGAGAAGAAGAAAAAGAAGAAACACAAAGAAAAGAAGGAGAAGAAAACCAAGAAAAGGAAAAAAGAUGAUGGGGACCGAGACAGCAGUCAGGAGGAAACAACAAAGCAACCGUUGGAGCAGAAAACAUCUGCCCAGCUGGCAAAAGACUGGGGUCUGGAGGAUGUUGAUCAUACCUUCACAGAGGAGGACUACAGGGAGCUCACCAACUACAAAGCCUUCAGCCAGUUUAUGAGGCCGAUGAUCGCCAAGAAGAACCCCAAGAUCCCCAUGUCAAAGAUGAUGACCAUCCUGGGGGUCAAGUGGAGGGAGUUCAGCUCUAACAACCCUUUCAAAGGCAACGCUGCUGCUGUCGCAGCGGCUGCUGCUGCCGCCGCCAUCGCUGUUGCCGAGCAGGUCUCUGCAGCCACCGCCUCGCCCGAGCCCCCGCCUCAACUUCCUCCAGUUAGAAAGGCCAAGACAAAAGAGGGGAAAGGUGUAGGCUAUAAGAAGCGCAGUAAAAGUCCACGAGUCUCAGACAAGAAAAAAGCUUUGGCUGCAGCCAAAGCCAAGAAGAUGGCACCAAUUCGUAUUAAGCUGUCUCCUGUAGGUGCCAAGAGGAAGAAGAGCUGCUCUAGCGAAGACAUCGAGGAUGAAGAGUCGGAGCAGGAGGACUCCAGCGUCCACAGCUCCUCGGUUCGCUCUGACAGCUCCGGCCGAGUGAAGAAGAACAAGCGGGGGCGUCCCGCCAAAAAGAAGAAGAAGAUCCCAGGUGAGGAGGAGGGGGACGGCUAUGAGACGGAUCAUCAAGACUACUGCGAGGUGUGUCAGCAGGGCGGGGAGAUCAUCCUGUGUGACACCUGUCCUCGGGCGUACCACCUCGUAUGCCUCGAGCCAGAGCUGGAAAAGGCCCCCGAGGGCAAGUGGAGCUGCCCCCAUUGUGAAAAAGAAGGCAUCCAGUGGGAAGCAAAAGACGAAGACUUUGAGGAUUUUGAGGAGGACAGUGAGGACAGAGUGAUAGCCGAUGUCGUGGCGGGCAUCCCCACUGGUGGGGAGGAUGAGGAAGACGACCACAUGGAGUUCUGCCGGGUGUGCAAAGACGGAGGUGAACUGCUGUGCUGCGACACGUGUACGUCCUCGUACCACAUCCACUGUCUAAACCCGCCUCUGCCUGAGAUCCCCAACGGAGAAUGGCUGUGUCCACGAUGCAUGUGCCCGCCAAUCAAAGGACGCGUCCAGAGGAUCCUUCACUGGCGAUGGGGCGAGCCCCCGCCUCCCAUUCCCGUUCCUCCCGCCCCCGACGCUCCAGCCGAUGCCCCCGCACCACCGCCCAUGAAGGGCAGAGCCGAGAGGGAGUUCUUCGUCAAGCUGGUGGCGCAGUCGUACUGGCACUGCACCUGGAUCACUGAGCUGCAGCUGGAGAUCUUCCACUCGGUGAUGUACAGAAACUACCAGAGGAAGACGGACAUGGACGAGCCUCCGAGCCUGGAUUACGGCUCGGGGGGCGAGGACGAGAACGGAGUGGGAAAGAGCGAGAAGAGGAGGGCCAAAGAUCCUCAGUAUGCCGUCCUGGACGACAAAUACUACAAAUACGGCAUCAAGCCGGAGUGGAUGAUGAUUCACCGCAUCAUCAACCACAGUGUGGAUAAGAAGGGGAUUUACCACUACCUGGUCAAGUGGAGAGACCUGACCUACGAUCAGUGUACCUGGGAGAGAGACGACAUGGACGUCCCUGACUUUGCCGUCUACAAGGCCAGCUACUGGAGACACAGAGAUCUCAUCAUGAAGGAGGAUCCAGACAAACCCAGGAAGCUGAAGAACAAGAAUUCAGAGGGUGAAGAGGAGUCUCCCCCGUCACCGCUCACAGACCCUACAAUAAAGUACGAGGAGCAGCCCGACUUUGUCACAGCGACGGGGGGCACGCUGCAUCUCUACCAGCUGGAGGGCCUCAACUGGCUGCGGUUCUCCUGGGCUCAGGGCACUGACACCAUCCUGGCCGAUGAGAUGGGCCUGGGCAAAACCAUCCAGACCAUUGUCUUCCUCUACUCACUGUUCAAAGAGGGCCACACGAAGGGGCCGUUCCUGGUCAGCGCUCCCCUCUCCACCAUCAUCAACUGGGAGAGGGAGUUUGAGAUGUGGGCUCCGGACUUCUACGUGGUGACUUACACGGGAGACAAAGACAGCCGAGCCAUCAUCAGAGAGAACGAGUUCACUUUUGACGACACGGCUAUCAAAGCAGGAAAGAAGUCCUUCAAACUGAGGCGAGAAGCUACCAUCAAAUUCCACGUCCUUCUGACCUCCUAUGAACUGGUGACCAUCGACCAGACGGCGCUCAAGUCCAUCGACUGGGCCUGUCUGGUGGUGGAUGAGGCCCAUCGCCUGAAGAAUAACCAGUCCAAGUUCUUUAGGCGUCUGAACGACUACAAGAUUGAUUACAAGCUGCUUUUGACAGGAACUCCUCUCCAGAACAACCUGGAGGAGCUGUUUCACCUGCUCAACUUCCUCACGCCCAACCGCUUCAAUAACCUUGAGGGUUUCCUGGAGGAGUUCGCCGACAUCUCCAAGGAAGACCAGAUCAAGAAACUGCAUGACCUGCUGGGGCCUCACAUGCUGCGGAGAAUGAAGGCCGACGUCUUCAAGAACAUGCCGGCCAAGACCGAGCUGAUUGUCCGAGUGGAGCUGAGCCCUAUGCAGAAAAAGUACUACAAGCUGAUUCUGACUAAGAACUUCGAGGCCUUGAACUCGAAAGGCGGAGGAAACCAGGUCUCUCUGCUCAACAUCAUGAUGGACCUGAAGAAGUGCUGCAACCAUCCCUACCUCUUCCCUGUCGCCUCCAUGGAGGCCCAGAAAACACCCAGCGGUGCGUACGAGGGGUCGGCUCUCACUAAGGCGUCUGGGAAACUGACGCUGUUACAGAAGAUGCUGAGAAAACUGAAAGAGCAGGGACACCGAGUACUCAUCUUCUCACAGAUGACGAAAAUGCUGGACUUGCUAGAAGAUUUCCUGGACUUUGAGGGUUACAAAUACGAGAGGAUUGAUGGAGGAGUCACAGGAGCUCUGAGACAAGAGGCAAUCGACCGAUUCAACGCGCCUGGUGCUUGUCAGUUCUGCUUCCUGCUCUCAACCAGAGCGGGAGGUUUAGGCAUCAACUUGGCCACGGCGGACACUGUCGUCAUCUUCGACUCCGACUGGAACCCUCACAACGACAUACAGGCGUUCAGUCGGGCUCACCGCAUCGGACAGGCCAACAAGGUGAUGAUCUACCGCUUCGUGACUAGAGCCAGCGUGGAGGAGCGCAUCACCCAGGUGGCCAAGAGGAAGAUGAUGCUGACCCACCUGGUGGUGCGGCCCGGUUUGGGAUCCAAGGCUGGCUCCAUGUCCAAGCAGGAGCUGGACGAUAUCCUCAAGUUCGGGACAGAAGAACUCUUCAAAGACGAGAUAGAAGGUAUGAAGAACAAUUCGGGGGACAAGGUUGAGGACGAGGGCAACGUGAUCCAUUAUGACAGCGUCGCCAUCGAGAGGCUGCUGGACCGGAGCCAAGACGACACCGACGACUCCGACGUCCAGAACAUGAACGAGUACCUCAGCUCCUUCAAAGUGGCGCAGUACAUGGUCCGAGAGGAGGACAAGAUCGAGGAGAUUGAGCGGGAGAUCAUCAAGCAGGAGGAGAACGUGGACCCGGAUUACUGGGAGAAGCUGCUGCGGCAUCACUACGAGCAGCAGCAGGAGGACCUGGCCAGCAAACUGGGCAAAGGCAAGAGGAACCGCAAGCCCGUCAACUACAACGACGCUGCACAAGAAGACCAAGAGUGGCAUGCUGACAUUUCAGAUAACCAGUCCGAGUACUCUGUGGGCUCCGAGGAAGAGGAUGAAGACUUUGACGAUCGGCCAGAGGGUCGAAGGCAGUCGCGCCGCCAGCUGAGGAACGACAAGGAUAAACCUCUGCCUCCUCUCCUGGCUAGAGUGGGAGGCAACCUUGAGGUUCUGGGCUUUAACACGCGCCAACGCAAGGCUUUCCUGAACGCAGUGAUGCGAUGGGGGAUGCCGUCCCAGGACGCCUUCUCCUCCCAGUGGCUCGUCAGAGACCUCAAGGGCAAAAGCGAGAAGGAGUUCAAAGCUUAUGUGUCUCUUUUUAUGCGCCACUUGUGCGAGCCGGUCGCAGACGGGGCCGAGACGUUCGCCGACGGAGUCCCGAGGGAGGGCUUGUGUCGCCAGCCGGUCCUCACCCGUAUCGGAGUCAUGUCUCUGGUCAAGAAGAAGGUCCAGGAGUUCGAGCACAUCAACGGGCGAUGGAGUCUCCCAGAGCUCAAACCUGAGAUCAGCGUGGACAAAUCCUUCUCCAGGGCCUCGUCUCCCGCCGUGAAGACCGCCACGCCCACCCCCGAAGCCAGCUAUAACAACACGCCAUGCACCUCCGAGCCAGCGACCCCUGCUCCGUUAGAGAAGUCGGAAAAGAAUGGGAAGGAGGGAGGGAAGGAGGAGGAGAAGGCGGAUGCUGAGGCCUCCCUUGAGAAACAGAAGGAGAAGGACGAAGGGAAAGAGGUGGAUGGGAACAAGACUGAAGACGCUGACAAGCUGUCCUCCUCGUCUAAAGAAACGACACAAGCUGCAUCUCCCGGUCCAAAACCUGACGGCAAAGAAGAGAGCGGCGUGAAAGAGGAUGAGAGGAGAGAAACGAGCGACGCCUCGGCUUCCGCAGCAGAGGAGGAGAGAGAGUCAGAGGAGAGUAAAGACGAGGCGACACAAACCAAACAAGAAGCCGACGUCAAAAAGGAGAAACCAGAGGAAGAGAAGAUCGGUGAAGAAAAGGACAAAGACAAGCAUUACGAGACAAACGCGGCAACGGACGCCACUUAUGCCAAAGAUAAGACAGAAGUGGCCGACAUGAAAAAAGAAGAGGUUAAGGGUGAAAAGGAUGCUGGGAGAGAAGUCAAGCCUGCUAAGGAGGAAACGCCGAAGGGUAACGGGAAGCCUGCGAGCGAGCGGCCACGCUUCAUGUUCAACAUUGCAGACGGAGGCUUCACAGAGCUGCACACGCUUUGGCAGAACGAGGAGCGGGCUGCCAUCUCCUCGGGGAAGAUGAACGAGAUCUGGCACCGCCGGCACGACUUCUGGCUGCUGGCAGGAAUCGUGAUACACGGCUAUGCUCGGUGGCAGGACAUCCAGAACGACCCCCAGUUUGCCAUCGUCAAUGAGCCCUUCAAGUCGCAGGCAAAUAAAGGCAACUUCCUGGAGAUGAAGAAUAAAUUUCUGGCGCGCCGCUUUAAGCUGUUGGAGCAGGCUCUGGUGAUAGAGGAGCAGCUACGGCGGGCGGCCUACCUGAACAUGACCCAGGACCCCAGCCACCCGGCCAUGGCGCUCAACGCACGCUUCGCAGAGGUGGAGUGCCUGGCGGAGUCACACCAGCACCUCAGCAAGGAGUCGCUGGCAGGCAACAAGCCCGCCAACGCCGUGCUGCAUAAAGUGCUGAACCAGUUGGAGGAGCUGCUGAGUGACAUGAAGGCCGACGUGACUCGGCUGCCGGCCACGCUGUCCAGAGUCCCACCCAUCGCCGCGCGGCUGCAGAUGUCCGAGAGGAGCAUCCUCAGUCGACUCGCCAGCAAGGGGACCGAGACGCACACCCCCCCGCCCAUCCCUCCAGGACCAUACGCCACCCCUCAGAACUACGGAGCCCCUUUCACCCCGGCGCCCCCAAGCGCCCUACACAUGGGGGGGGCCAACUACAGUCAGAUGCCACCCGGAUCCUUCAUAUCAGAAGCCGCCGCUGCUGCUGGGGCCACCGGGGGAGCUGCAGGUGGAGCCGCCGGGGGGCCAAACGCCGCCGGGGUUUGCCAGAAGACCAAGGAGCACGAUGUGGUGCAGCGGCAGCGUGUGGUGGACCUCUGGAAGGACGGCAAGUCAGAGGGGGCCAUAGGCCAGGAGCUGAGGAUGCCCAAGUCGACGGUGCACAGCAUCAUCGUCAAGUACCGGCUAAGCAACACGGUGGAGAACCUGCCGCGCAACGGCCGACCAAAGAAACCCUGAAACUAUGGAAUGUCUUAAAAUUGGAGAGGUGACUUUAAAAAAGGGAUAAGAACCUUAAUGCAUGAGAAGGAAAUCCAAGGAGGACCUGAGAACUUCGACUCCGCUGGAAUGUGAGGAGUAUCAGGGGAGAAAGAAAGCUCUCGAGAUGGGAGGCAAAAAAAAGAGAGGAAAAAAAAGAGAAAAUGACGUGAAAUGUGAAAUGAAAAGCAGUGGCGGCUCUUUGACCCACGAAAGAAAACAAGCAAUCAACUGCAGGAGCGGAUCCAAAAUAAAAAGGGAGAGGUGAAAAGGUGCCACUGAGAAAAUAAAGCCCAAAACAACCUAAGUGGACCGAAGACAGGAGGGAAAAAGAGCUGUUUGCUAAUGCAGUCAGUGUUUCUUUUUUUUUUUUUGUUUUUUUUUAAUUCUUUUUUAUAGAAGUUCAGGUAUGAAGGUUGAAUCAAAGAAAAAUGCAGCACAGGAGGAUUUCUUUCUUUCUUUUUUUAAUUUUUAUAUACCUCCUCGCACAGAUUUCUUGAGACUUCUUUUUCUGUUUCCUUCUUCGAGCCAAAAGAUUUCCCCCCGGAUCAAUUCUUCAUCCGCCGGCUGAGUGAACAAGCCUGUCCCCGCGAUCUGACCCUGCACUCCCUCAUUCCUCCGUAGUCCUCCACUCCUCCGUCUCCCUUUUAAAGUCUCACGCGCACACAUAUACAGUAUGUUUAUAUUUAUAUAUAUACAUAUAUAUUUCUAUAUAUAUAUGUACACACACUUUGGACCUCACACACGACCUGAAAACCUGUAAAAAACUCAGUUUAUGUGCCGAAUGCAAGCGGAUGAAAUCCAAACUGAGAGAAGGACCAACUGGAACUAAAUCACCUUGAAAAAAAAAAAAUAGAAAGAAAAAGAAGGGAAAAGAGUUUUCUUAGUUGAAAAUGCUUUUCCCCGUGGACCGUCUUGCAUUCCUCAGUCCAACCGAGCAUGGAAGCAAGAACCAUAGACAUAAAAAAAAACUCUUUUUUUUUUCCUUUUGUCCAGCAGUCAGUAGCAACUUUACUUUAACUCUGAUGGAGUACCAUUGAAAUAUGUACUGUAUUACAAGUGGUAAAAUAUUACUUACAAUUGCACCUUUUUUUAGUGAGACGGUGACUUGAAGGGAAAUAUCACUCUUCUGAAGUACCCACAUUUCCUGUUUUUAAACCGCAUCAAAACCAAAAGCAGUAUUUAUGAGCAGCUCUUCCUCAAAGACAGAGGACUGUAAUCUAUCACUGGGAGAAAAGAGGGAAACUCUCUUUGAAGCCGGGAGAGACAUUUUUGUUCAUCGAGCCUCUUUAUUGUGACAGUGUGAUGGAUUCCAUGCUGUGGAAAAUGUCCCCUGAUCCCAGCGAAAAUAAAACACUGGACUGUGUCAUCGUUUUUCCAGCUCGGUGUGCGCGCAGUAAAGCUGUACUGUACAUCAGAGCUGCAUCCCCCGAGCGGAGAGGCAGGGUGAACCCUUCUGCGUCAUUUCUGCAUGUCACAAAAGCUAAUUGCCAGUUCCAAGACUCAUGUGAAGAGUGCGGGCAUUUUUAAACUGGAAGUGGGUGAUGUUUCCCUUUAGGUCUGAAUGCGGAGGUGCGACCUGCAAUGAGAACAUUGUAAGCUUGUGUUGCAUUGAGAAUAAUGAACAUAUGUAAAUAUUUGUGAUGUGUAGUCGUUCUGGCAUUCUUAUCAAAAACUGAUUAUCCUAUGCAGCUAUAGAUACCGGUUACAAGUGGAUACAUGAGGUUUCCUGUUUUUUUCCAGUUGCAAAUCAAUACUUUCUUUGCUCCUUAGUUGGAUGAACACAAACAUGUUUUUCUACCAAACAAUAUUGCAAAGUAAGCUAAACUUUUGGGCAUUCAUUUUUUAAAUGAGCCAAAUUAUGAUGUAAUGCCGCACAUGUUAUUAUUUUUAUAUGACCAAUGGAUAAAUGUGACAGAAGAAGUGUUGCUCAAAGUAAUAUUGGGGUUCCUGGGGCCCCCCGGCAGCAUUUAAGCUUAUUUUAUCUCAUUGUUCUGGUUUUAAAGUCUGUACCUUCUUAUAUAAGUCAUUUCCAGGCAGAGAUCGGGGCAUAAAGCUCCACAGAGAUUAUUCCACCUCCACUCCUCAGCUAAGCAUUCACACGCACAUUAAGUGUGUGCUCUCACAGAGCUUUACAAUCGGAAGCGGAUGCUUUGCCCCAACUACGUGGUCCACGACCCGCAGCAGGUCUUUAAGAUCUCUAGCAAUUAGUUGCUUUAUUCAAUAAAAACUGAAUAAACGCCAACAAACAAUAAUGCCAUUGCUGCUGCCGCUCAUGGCACCUUGUACUGUUGCAGGAGGCGGUUGUGGGUUGUGGUGACCACAGGUGUCUCCUCCAGGUUCCUAGGCAGGGUUACUGAGGAAAUGCCACACUCGAUCACUCAUAAGUUUCUAACACAGCCAGUCCAACAUCAAACAACUAUUUAAAGACGUGGAAGGAUUUAUUUCUUUGGUGCGCUGCAUUAAUCCUGUUUGCAGACAGCCCACUGCAUUGUCCGGGGGCCCACCGAGCCCCUAGACCAAAAUGUCCAAGUCUCAGUGAUGGACCGAUGUGGCUGUCUGCAUGUAUUUGAAGCCAUUCUAACCCUAUUACACCUUUCCCCAUUUUUAGCUCUUAUUUCACCCCUGUUACCCCUCGGUGGGCUCCUCCUAAGGGAGAACGGCCCUGUAACACCUGUUCUGCCUCACAACAGGGCUCUCAUGGAUAUGUAAAUAAAUGCAGCUAGUAUAGUAGCCAUAUCGGUUCUGUAAAAGGGAUGAUUUGUUAAUAGCCAUGCUACCAAACAGAUGUGAAGUAAACUGUUAGUGUUGCGGGGAAGAAAACAGGCUCUAAACUGGGACUUAAAGCGUGUAGCCGGCAAUAAAUCAAAGAAAUAGCAACUGAAUGGCUCGUUGUUUUACAGUGGUUAGAUAGUUAGUGGGUUAAAUUCAGCAUUAAGCUUGUGUGAGGCGCUCAGACAUGCUCGCAAACAGGGACUCAAACCCUCACACAUGCAGGUCCUUCACUAUUGGGCCUCUGCAUAGGGGUGACUCAUUUUCUUGCAAAACGCAAAAUGAGGAAAAUAAGUGCGUUAAAAUCUGCAGCAUUGAUUCUCUGCAGAGAAAUGCACCACCGUACAAUUUCAGUGGGUCAUGAAUGAGUCUAGAUGUUGUUUUCAAUUCA